AUAAAGCCAGGAUAGAGGCUACGUCUUUAGCAGCGCUUGUUGGGAAGAGAAGCAUGAGGGGUUUCUUGCCUUCACCAAGCAUACAACCAAUGCCUGACGACAAAGGUCGGAAGCUAUAGCCUUUUUUAGAAUCCAAGUUUAAUACUUAUACACUCGUCUCUAACAUGUCACGUUAGGCUCAACGUUCUGUAUAUGGUUGGUAUUUUCGGGUUUUAUUUUGAAUAGUGAUUAUGGCUGAGCCUAACCGAACCACACAGCUGAUUGCAAGAACACGUGCUUUGGUCGACUAUGUUCGGUUACAUUCUGCUAUUGUUGACAUAUUGUGCAUCACCUCCCAUACAUGAAGAGAUUGAACAUACAAUUGACCACCUAUCGGUGUCGCAAAAAAUUGGGUAAACAACCCUUUCUUGUGGAUACCCUGCCUCCACCUCUUACCGCCAAAAGGACCAACAGCAUGUACAACCGGUAGAACAUGGAGUUCCCCCAACACUCCCUGCAGCUUCUGUCCGGUCUGCGUUCUCAGCGUCAGCGUAGGUUCCUGUGCGACUGCACUGUCCUCGUGGGUUCCUCCCGUUUCCUCGCCCACCGGGCUGUCCUGGCCUCCUGCUCUCCAUUCUUCCACAUGUUCUACUCCGAUCCCCCUGGGUCCGCUGGUGCUGGCGGGGCCAGCUCAGUCACGCUGGACGGGGAUAUCGUGACAGCAGCGGCGUUCGGUCUGUUGUUAGACUUCAUGUACGAAGGCGUGCUGAGGUUGGAGACCCCUCCCCCAGCAGAGGACGUGCUGGCGGCGGCGAGCUUCCUCCACAUGAACGAGGUGGUCCGGGUGUGUAAGAGACGGCUACAGCACCGACCACCACCGGCUGAGGCAGACAGCACGCGCCCGGAGGAGAGUGGAGUGGCAGCAGUGGGCGGUAGUGGACCCGGGGUUGGCAUGGCAACAGGAGCUGCCAAAGCGGUGGCGAUGUCAGUGUCUCAGUCUGCAUCAAUGGCGUUGCAGAGAAGCCAGUUGGGCUCUUCUACAAGGUCAGAGAGGAGAGUGGAGGUUCCGGCGCACGCUCCUCUGAGUCCGGACAUGGCCGACACCACCCAGCCUGGCAUGGACCACGCUCUCACUCAUGUGGGUGAGCUGGUUACCCUCUCCUCCGGUCCCUCUCUCCGACUGGGGGGUCUGAGUCAGGGAGAGGGUCAGGGAGGCUCGGCCCUCUGCAGCCCCUGCAGCUCCACAGAGUCAUACAGUCACAGUAGCCACCAGCGCCAGCCCUCUUCAUCAGCGGCAUCACCAGUGGUACCUGUGACCCAGACUGAUGGCUCCAGCUCCAUGGUGGGGAUACUGACCCAGUCUGACCACAGCAGCUCCUCCAGUCCAGAACAGGACAGCCAUAACCCUGUCUCUGACAACAAGAGCACAGUCAUCACACCAGGCAUGCAAUGCCAGCAGCAUGGUCUCAGUAUCAACACACACCCUCAGAUUAGAAUACAGCAUUCACUGUCACUACACCUCACCUCACCUCCCAACCUGAACCUUGUAACCCAUCAGGGCCAAACCUCAACCCUGUCCAGGCCUGAAGGGCUGCAGCAUGGGGGGUCAGAGAGGGAGAGCAGGGAGGUUAGUGAACACUCUAACAUGGGGACUGUGGGAGUGGAGGAGCCCCUGGCAGGGAGAGAAGAAGUGGAGCAGGAGGAUGUGGUGAAGGUAAAGGUGGAGGCCAUAGUGAUCUCAGAUGAGGAGUUUGAGGAGAUGGAAGGAGUGGUGAUGAGGAGAGAAAUAGAGGGGAGAGAACGAGGGAUGAUGAUGGAGGUAGAGGACAGGAAUGACUUUGAUGAUGAUAACCACAGAGAUGAACUGAAUAACCCCCACUUUCUCCCUUUUCACACCCACCACGCCUUACUCCAGAUGACCCACUCCCACCCCUCUGAGCCUCUCUCCUUCCCCCUCUCCCCCUCCGGACCCGGCACCACCUCCUCUGACGCUCCCCCUUUCCCCUCCUCCCUCUUCCCCUCUGUGGGCCAACAUUCCGACCAGCCCGCCUACUUCCAGGAUUCCAUGGGGAACUACGUUGAGGACGUCCCCACGUGCAGCGUCUGUGGAAAGACGUUCUCGUGCGCGUACACCCUGAGGCGACACGCCAUUGUGCACACGCGCGAGCGCCCCUAUGAGUGCCGCUACUGUUACCGUAGCUACACGCAGUCAGGUGACCUGUACCGCCACAUUAGGAAGGCUCAUGACUCCAGCCUGCCAGCCAAACGCAGUAAGGGAGACACUGAGGAGGGCCAGCCUCCACACAGCUAGCUGUAUACUUCUCCACACUAAAGAGAAUGAAACAUUAUUUAUGCCUUCCCCCUUCCAACACCAGACAUCCUGGUCUUGCAUGUCCGAUCUGGGAUACAUUCAAAAUUACUUUCCAAAUGGUCUGAAAAAUGCCAGAGGCCCAGAUCUAGUGCGCAGGUUGAGGGAAGAUUUAGAGCGUGUCGCCCAGAUGUUUCCCUCCACCAGGAUGGUCUUUUCAGACCUAGUGAUGAGACAGGUGGUGCAAGCCAGACAUGCACAUGCCCGGGAAUGAGCAGACCUGGCACUUGGUCAACUAGCUGGGUCUGCAUUCCUGAGGGACAGGGGCCAGUGGUGUUUUAGCUAUUUUAAAUGGGACUUUCAGGACUUUUGUCUUUUACACAUGUAUCUGUACCAGAUGUCUUACUAUGACCUCAGUGCCAAAAUAAUUUGUGUACUGUACUACAGGUAACUGCCAAAAUAUAGAAACAUGAGUAAAUGAGAGACAAAGCAUAUUAAAAGCAGGUGCUUCCACACAGGUGUAGUUCCUUAGUUAAUUAAGCAAUAACAUCCCAUCAUGCCUAUGGUCAUGUAUAAAAUUGCUGGGCAGGCCAUUAUUUUGGCUACCAUGGCCAUGCCCCCAUCCACAGGCGCGAGUGGUCACUGAAUGGUUUGAUGAGAUGUAAACCAUAUGCUAUGGCCGUCUCAGUCACCACAUAUCAACCCAACUGAACACUUCUGGGAGAUUCUGGAGCAGCGCCUGAGAGAGCGUUUUCCGCCACCAUCAACAAAAUACCAGAUGGAAUUUCUCAUGGAAGAAUGGUGUCUCAUCCCUCCGAUAGAGUUCCAGACACUGGUAGAAUCUAUGCCAAGGUGCAUUGAAGCUGUUCUGGCUCGUGGAGGUCCAACGCCCUAUUAAGACAUAUGGUGGUGUUUCCUUUAUUUUGGCAGUUACCUGUAUGUUAUAAUAUAUUCUAGAUAGAAAUCGGCAGUUGUCAAGGGUACAGUUUUUGGCAACACUAAUAGCAUAAUUGUCUGAUACUUCUAUAUAGAAAUCUCCAUUGUUGCCAACUUUCACGAUUAGAUGAGUAUCAUUACUACUUCAUUGCUGUGAAUAGAACAUGGACAGUUCUUCAGUCCAACAUAUUUAGAUAUUUCCUUCCAUUGGAGUACUGUUCAAUAAAUGACUUCAACACAA